CUCUCUCUCUCUCUCUCUCUCUCUCUCUCUCAAUAAUUGUAUUUUCGACUUUUCGUGCAGAUUUUAAUAGGAUCGAUGGAUUGGAAAGAACAUGCGAUGGGGAAAGAAGGAGCGGAGAGGUACAGAACACACAACCUCCCGAACUGCGCUUGUUCGCCGGGGGUUUACGAGCUUGCCGUUGCACUCGUCCUCCGACGACAUUCCGGCAUCAUAAUCUUGGUUCCCGUUUACGUCGGACAAACCGAAAACAUUCGGAACCGGCUACAGGAUUAUGGCCGCAACGGUGCCCAUUUAGAAAGUAACGGGUUACUAGUUUCCGACGUAUUUUCCAGAGGAUUCUCGAUUGUUUACAGAUGGGCCCCUGUAAGUUCAUUUAAUUACAGCCAGGUCCCUUGGAGUUGUAUAUUUUUUUAUUUAUGUAUGUAUGUAUGUAGCAAGGAGGAGGCGGAGGAAACCGAGAAGGAGAUGCUUAUAGAGUGCUACGAUUAUGCGUGGAACAAAAGAAACAAUGGCGAACGCAGGCCCGACGACGUACGCAAAAGACUUGAGUUUUCGAAAAACCUAGUCGGAAUAUUUAUGUAG